AUGGCCAGUUCUAAGAAGCGUUCUUCCAAAUCUUCGACCCCAAUUGUUGACGUCGAUGAUGAGGCGCUAAAGUAUGCCAAGCGAUCCACUACUUCCUUUGAACAGGUUGCUGAAAAAUGGCUUUUGAGACCUCCCCCAGAUUCAGCUCUCCGUUACAAUGCUCUCCUUUACACAGUAACAUUAAUUGCCUUUGUGGCAAGAUUCUAUAUGAUCUGGUACCCUAAAGAAGUUGUCUUUGAUGAAGUUCAUUUUGGUAAAUUUGCAUCUUAUUACUUAGAAAGGACCUAUUUCUUUGAUGUCCAUCCACCUUUUGCAAAAAUGGCAAUUGCCUUCAUUGGAUGGUUAGUUGGAUAUAAUGGUUCUUUUAAAUUUGAUGAGAUUGGAUCUAGUUAUCAAACUAAUCCAGCUCCAUAUAUCGCCUAUCGUUCUUUCAAUGCCAUGCUGGGUACUUUAACCGUCUCCAUUAUGUUUAAUACUUUGAAAGAAUUAAAUUUUAAGGCGAUUACUUGUUUUUUUGGUGCACUAUUAGUUGCUGUUGAUAAUGCUCAUGUUACCGAAACUAGAUUGAUUCUUUUAGACGCCAUUUUAUUGAUUUCCAUUGCCGCUUCAUUCUACAGUUUUGUUCGCUUCUAUAAGGCCCAAUUGAGGGCACCAUUUUCACCACAAUGGUACAUUUGGUUGCAUCUUACUGGGUUAUCAUUAUCCUUCGUUAUUUCUACUAAAUAUAUUGGAGUAAUGACCUAUGCUGCUAUUGGGACAGGUGUAAUUGUUAAUUUAUGGCAAUUAUUAGAUCUUCGUGCAAACUUAACAUUAAGAGCUUUCUUUAGACAUUUUGUCAAAAGAUUAAAUGGAUUAGUUUUUGCCCCGUUCUGUAUUUAUUUGUUUUGGUUUUGGGUUCAUUUUGCCAUCUUAAGCAAAUCAGGUCCAGGUGAUGCCUUCAUGUCAGCGGAAUUCCAAGAAACAUUGGGUGAUUCUCCAAUGAGUAUCUUAUCUAAGGAAGUACAUUUCUACGACAUCAUUACUUUGAAACAUAAGGAUACUGAAGCCUUUUUGCACUCUCACCAGGCUUUUUAUCCGUUACGUUAUGAAGAUGGUCGUAUUUCUUCAGAAGGCCAACAAGUUACCGGGUUUACGGGCACUGAUAUUUCUAACGACUGGGAAGUCCUUCCAACAAGAGAAUUAGACUCACAUAAGGGUGUCCCUGUAGUAUUGAAUGAACCAAUUAGACUAAGACAUGUUGCAUCUAAUACCUAUUUAUUGGCGCAUGAUGUUGCAUCUCCAUUUUAUCCAACUAAUGAGGAAAUUACUACCGUCUCGGAAGAAAUUGCCAAUGGAGAAUCAUAUCAACAAACCGUGUUCACCUUCCAACCAUUGAAGAAGGGAGAUGAAGGUCAUGUUGUCAAGACCAAGGGUGUUCAAUUCAAGAUCUAUCAUCCAAAUACUGAUGUUGUCUUAUGGACCCACAAUGAUGUAUUAUUACCGGACUGGGGGUUUGAACAACAAGAAGUUAAUGGUAGUAAGAAUUUUGGAGAUCCAACAAAUGCUUGGUCAGUAGACGAAAUUACAAAUCUAGAUGAAGACAGAAAGAAAUUUACGCCUAAGGUUGUUAAGCCAAUGUCAUUUUUCCGCAAAUGGUCUGAAUUACAAAAAUCAAUGUUUGAACAAAAUAAUAAAUUAUCUGCCGAGCAUCCUUUCGCUUCUCAACCUCAGAGUUGGCCUGCAGGUCUAUGUGGUGUUUCUUUUUGGACAAAGUCUGAAGAAAGAAAACAGAUAUUCUUUACUGCUAAUAUUAUUGGCUGGUGGUUCCAAGUAAUUUCAAUGUCUGUUUUCAUUGGCAUUCUACUUGCUGAUCAAAUCUCAAGAAAGCGUGGAUAUUUUGUCCUAGGUAAGAUUACAAGAGAGAAAUUAUACGGACCUCUAGCCUUCUUAUUCAUAUCAUGGGGAUGCCAUUACGCACCUUUCUUUUUGAUGCAUCGUCAAAAGUUUUUGCAUCAUUAUUUACCAGCUCAUCUAAUAAUUUCAUUAUUUACUGCUGGGUUAUGGGAAGUUGUAUUUAGUGACUGCAAAUCUAUUGAUGCAUCCAGAGAUGAAGAAAUUGAGGGAACCCCAUAUAAGGCUGAUCCUAAAAUCAACUCUACUUCAUUAACUGUCUUCUUUGUUGCAGUUUCGAUAGCCAUUGUAUGGUUCUUUAUCUAUUUCUCACCUUUAGUGUACGGCAACGUUACUCUAAGACCUGAAGAAUUUGCGAAGAGACAAUGGUUUGAUAUUAAGUUGAACUACAUAAAAUGA